AUAUGGGGUCGUGGGAUGGGUACGGGGCCACGGGGAUGCGUGCGGGGCGUGGGGAUUUGGGGUGACGCGGGGUGCGGGUGCCCCGCAGGCGCGCUGGGGGUGAUGCUGGGCUGCUGCUACCGGCUGAGCGCCGUGGCCUUCCUGGCGCCAUAUUGGUACGUGCUGCUGCUGGACAAGGCCAGCUGGAACAACCACUCCUACCUGUACGGCCUGCUGGCCUUCCAGCUGGCGCUGCUGGGCGCCGACCGAUACGGCUCCAUCGACGGCCUCUUCCGCCCGCAGAAGCGCAACGCCCACGUCCCCCUCUGGAACUACACCCUGCUGCGUGCCCAGAUCUUCAUCGUCUACUUCAUCGCGGGGCUGAAGAAGUUGGAUGCUGACUGGGUGGGUGGGUACUCCAUGGGGUCACUGGCACGGCACUGGCUCUUCUCCCCAUUUCGGCUGGUGCUGUCGGAGGAGCUGACGAGCCGGCUGGUGGUGCACGGCGGGGGGCUGGCGCUGGAUCUCUCCGCCGGGUUCCUCCUCUUCUUCGACGCCACGCGGCCCCUCGGCCUCGUCCUCGUCACCUACUUCCACUGCAUGAACUCCCAGCUCUUCAGCAUCGGGAUGUUCUCCUACACCAUGCUGGCCAGCAGCGGGCUGUUCUGUGACCCGUCGUGGCCACGCAGGCUGUUCUCCCGCUGCCCCCGCUGGAUGCAGGGGGUGCUGCCCACCACGGCCCCCCCCCAGCACAGCCCUGACUGUCACUACGGGGGGCGGGGGGCUGCGCGGCGCCCGGCGCUCCGGCAGCAGCUGGCAGCUGCCUUCACUUUGCUCUACGUGCUGGAGCAGCUCUUCCUGCCCUAUUCCCACUUCAUCACGCAGGGCUACAACAGCUGGACCAACGGGCUGUACGGCUACUCGUGGGACAUGAUGGUGCACUCCCGCUUCCAUCAGCACGUGAAGAUCACGUACAGGGACGGGCUGACGGGGGAGGUGGGCUACCUGAAACCAGGGGUGUUCACGCAGACCCGGCGCUGGAAGGACCACGCCGACAUGCUGAAGCAAUACUCCAUGUGCCUGAGCCAAAUCCUGCCCCAGUACAACGUGUCCCAGCCCCAGAUCUACUUUGACAUCUGGGUGUCCAUCAACGACCGCUUCCAGCAGAGGUGGGGGCACGGGGGGGGAUGUUGGGGUUCCAGUGGGGCACUGACCCUGUUGGUUGGGACACGUAUGGGGACGUUGGUGCUUCCAGUAGAGGUGGGGACACGAAUGGGGACAUUGUGGGGGUCCUGUGGGGCACUGGCACCAUCAAUAGGGACACGAAUGGGGACACUGUGGGGGUCCUGCGGGGCACUGGCCCCAUCAAUAGGGACAUGUAUGGGGACGCUGAGGGGGCCAGUGGGGCGCUGCCCCAACGCAGGUUUGCACCUGGAGAACUUCGUCAGCGAGGACCUGGGGAACACCAGCGUGCGCGUGCUGCAGGGCCAGGUGCUGCUGGAGCUGGUGGAGCAGCAGCAGAACCACAGCCUGCAGCAGGGGGACAGCAUGCAGCUGCCGGCGGGGCAGUACCACAAAGUGCACACGGUGUCAGCACGGCCCUCGUGCUUCAUGUACACCUACGUCAACACCACGGCCGUGGCCUUGGAGCGCAACCUGAGCAGGCUGCAGGAGCUGCGCGACCGCCUGCGCAACGGCACGGAGACGGAGCCGCUGCCCCCCGAGCUGCGACCCAUCAUCGGGGAGCCGCCGCCCCCCGGCACGGAGCUGGACCCCCUGGUGGCUGCGUUCCUGCGGCGGCAGCGGCGCAUGGAGGAGGCCGGGCAGCGGCGCAACAGCCUGAAAGCUUCUCUGUAG